AUGUCUACCGGAAAACUCGACCAGUCCCUCGACGAUAUCCUCAAGACCCGUCGCCAGUCUUCGCGACGUGGUCGUGGCAGCCGCCGUCCUGGCACCGGCCGCCCCGCUGCCACCGAAGCCCCCGUCGGUGGAGUUCAGAAGGCCACGAGGCCCGCGAAGCAAGCCAAAGGUGGCGCCGCCGCAUCUAUUCCUACCGCAGGAAGCGGCGAAUCCAAGAUCAUGAUCUCCAACUUGCCUUUGGACGUUGAAGAGUCGCAACUCAAGGAUUACUUCAGCUCCGCCAUGAAUGUUGGCAGGCCCAAGCGCGUCAUGAUGCAAUACGGACCCAACGGACGCAGCCUUGGAGCCGCAACCGUCAUCUUCAGCAAGGCUGACCAGGCUGCUAAGGCCGUCAAGGCAUUGGACAAUGUCCGCAUCGACAACCGCCUCUUGAAGGUUGAGGUCCUCGUCAGCGCUGCCAACGCGCCGGCGCCCGCCCCUGUGGCCUCGCUUGCUGACCGCGUCACUCAAGCCAAGAAGGAUAAGCCCAAGCCGGCUACCGCUACCAAGGCAGCUGCUGCCGGUCCCCGUGGCGCAAACAACAAGCGCGGACGUGGUCGUGGCCGUGGAGGCCGAGCUCCCCGUGACAAGAAGAAGACCGUGGAGGAGUUGGACGCUGAGAUGAACGACUACUUCCCAAGCGCCGAGGGUGGCAACGAUGCCAUGGUUACCAACGGUGGAGCGGCCGCCCCUGCUGCUGGAGACAUCAACAUGGACGACGAGACAUUGUGA